ACUUUUCUUGCUAUCAACUGUUGUUAAUGUAAACAGUAUGGCGACGCUCUCAUAAAAUCUACAACAAGUAUAACUUAGAGGUCGAUUUCAACACACGAGCCGCUUCACUGUCAGUUUAACUUGUUUAAAAACUACUUGAAGUGUUACUUAAUAAACAACAUGUCUGACCCGCGUCAGUUUCACCUUAAAUUUGAUGGAUCUGCUGCUGCGUCUGUUGACGCAUAUUUGGAAUACCGCAGAAUUGUUGGUGAAGAUGAUGGUGGUGUGCUAAUGUCUCCACAACAAUAUGAGGCAUAUAAAAAAAAAGUUAUUCCAAUGCGCAUAAAAAACCGACUGUAUGUAAGCUAUUCAUCCCCCACUGGAAUGGACUGCAAAUUGAUUGGCCCAGAAACACCUUGUUUUUGCCGACACAGAUACAAACAACACAAAACAGACUUUGAGGAGAUACCAAGCGAGCGCCCUAUUCUGCUCCCUUGCCAGGUCCAAGGCUGCCGCUGUGUAUCAUAUCAUUACAUUCCACUGAAUGGAAGCCAACCCAUUCGCUGCACUUGCAAACACUUUGCUGAUGACCAUCUUGAGAAAGCUCCAUAUGUUUGCAAGAAAGCUGGAUGCACAAAAUGCACUGGGUUUAGGAGCUCUUUCACCUGUGCCUGUGGGUCUGGACACAUGGACCACACGAUGAUAAUCGAAACAGCCGAGGAGCGCGAGGCGCGGGGUCACCCAGUGGGUCAGGCCACACCCUACGCAGCAAUGGGUGGCAUCACAGGCUUCUCCUCCUUAGCUGAGGGCUACAUGCGCCUGGACCCCAGUGGCAAAGGUGCUCCUAGUGAAGAGUUCCUUAACCAGCCAAUCACUUCAUCUGACAACCCAUUUCUGCGUGCCAACGUUCAGGCCAUCAAGGCUCACAGCAUGGCACACAGACAGACUGGACAACUCAUGAACCCUGAUGAUCAAGUAUUUGAUGACAUGGAGGAGAGAGUGUCUGCAAUGCGCCGGCCAGGGGAGUCUGACAUGGACUAUUUUGAACGUCGCUACCAGGAACGACUAAAAGCAGGGCGUCCAGGCCCAAGCCAGAGAGCCAUAGGUAGAGGCUUUGAAGGACCAUUGCAUGCUGGUCAUCGCAAGUCUUUAGAACCCAAACCAAAGAGCUCCUUCUCCAAAACACCAGGUUCUUCUUCCAAGAAAUAACUUGGUGACAGCCCUGACCAGCUUACCAGAACUUGAGG